GACUGAAUGGCUUCUAUGAAGUUUCUAAAAGUUUAACGUAAAAAGCUUUGAUUUAAUUUUAAAUAUUAUUUGUUUAAUGUUUCCUAAUCAAUAAAUUGUAAUAAAAUUAAAAUGGUGACUAGACGAUUUAAAUACAAGCAGACUUAGAAAAAGAUACGGGCAUGUAUAAAAUCAGUUAUUAGUGGGGCUUGUGAUUACUGUCUGAAGAAUAAAACAAAAGUACAAAAAUGAAUAUUCAUUCAGAACUUGCAGAACCUCUAACACCAGGGAUUUCUUACGAGAAUAGCAGCUAUUGGAAGAAUGAAGAUAGUGGUUAUCAUACUUCGUAUACUCCUGGCUCAUUGGAAUGUUCAGAAGUUUCUUCCGACAGUGUCAAUUCCGCUUUAAUCAAUGGAAAGAUUUGCUUUAGUGGCUCGUACCAAGUGGACUGCUUUAACUUAACCCCUGACGUCAAUGUAUUAUCAAACCAUAAAUAUAAUUUUACUUCAAGUAUUAGGAACAAUGAGUUCAAAGACUCUCCACAAAAUCGUAGGGGUAUCAAACGAGCCUUUCAAGAUGAUUCCGAAAACACUUAUUCAUCAAUUCCUACACCAACAACAUUAAUAGCUGGCGGAUUGCGGAAACUUAAGUUUAAUGAUGGCAAUAGAAUUAAAACAUCAAAAAGUUUGGGCCACACAGAUUCUUUAAAUGAAUUCUACAAUUUUCAUAAUCAAGCACACACUUUUCCAUCUACACCAGUAAAAAAGCUAUGUCGAACCAGUUGCAAGUUAAAUAGUCCUCUGAGUUUGAAACGACCAGCCAAAAAACUAAACUUUGUAAUCCAUUCACUAUCUUGUGAGAGUCAGGGAUUACAGCAAGUGUCCAAAGUCACAAAACCCAAAGCUGUGAAAUCUAUCCAAUUUAAGCCUGAACAGAAAAUUGACAUAAUAAAGAUGUUAUAUGAAAAAGCCAAUGUAACACCACCUCUAAUGAAGAUCUGUAGUUACCUUUCAAAUGAGGAUAUUUAUAAUUUUACUUUAGUGAGCCCUGUGUGGCUAAGGGUGUGGGAAGAUGUGAGCGAACAGAGUAAACAAUUGGAGUAUAUAAACUUUUUGAAGAGGGCUAAAGAGAAUCAGGAAAAUAAAGAAGCCACACCUAAAACAAGUGAAUCUAAUCCAAUAAGGCCAUUAAUGGAAAUACAUAAUGUUAUAAACAACAACAUUAUUCCAAAAGCUCAUACAAUUAGUCCUCCAGGCACUCCUAGAACAAUCAAAUUUAAGAAAUUUACUAAGACAGCAGCAUUGGACUUGCGUAAACAGCUUUCAUGUGUGAGGUGCCAUCAACCUGCUAAAGUUACAGAAGAAAGCACGGGUGAAGAAUGGGUGGAGUGUACUAGUUCAACAUGCUCAUAUCAGUUUUGUAAGUUUUGUAGAUGUGAUCGUCAUUCAGGUAAGAGUUGCUUUCAAUACGAUCUGGAUGGCCCUAGUCCCUCGAAACGAAAGAAGAAUACCUGUGCAGUUGGUACAAAGAAAAGUAGGAAGAAUCUUAGGAGACUCUUGUGACUUGUUACUAUUUAGUUUGAACGGUACCAGUGAUUUGCUGAUAGUGUCAUUGCAUUCCAUGUCCAAAGAUUGAUGAUUUUUAAAAUCAUCCUUUAAGAGAUUAAAUAAUUGUAACUGUUUUUGGAGUAUGUAAAGAUAUCUAGGGUCUGAUAUAGUGCCAUUUAUAUUUAUAUGUCAAGCAUUUACUUUACCUCAUUUUAACUAUUUUACUAAUGUAACAUUUUGUGAGGUCCAGAUAAGAUUUUAUUUGUUAUUCAAAAUUUAUGGAGAAGAUUUUUUUUGGAUUUCAAUGAUAGUGUUAAUAGUUUUAACUGAAUUCAAUAGAAUUUUAAUGGAUGACAAUAAAAGAUAUCUGUUUAAGAUUUAACAAUCUGGAGUUAGAAUAAUGUGACAGACUGAUAGAUUUGCCAUAAAUGGUUUAGUUUGUAGUUUUAUACUUGUAAAUAUUUUAGUGUUACUAAUGUAGUGAUGUACAAUACUGUUUUAUUCUAGACAUUAUUUGUAAGAUUUUUUUAGUAUGUGCAGGUAGAUUGUGUUGACUAUGAAUGUACAAUAUCCUGUGAUAUUACAUUUAAAAUUCCAGUCACAUUUUUUGUAAAAGCUGGAUAAAAUUAUUGAAAUCAAUCUAAUUAAGGGAUGCUUAAUUUUUAAUUUGAAUGUUAAUUGAAAAAGUAAGAUCCUUGUUUAUUUAUUAAAAUAUUAUAUGCUCGUUAUACAAUCUUAUCGGUAGUGCAACCUAAAUAAAAAUGAAUAAGGAACUCACUUUUUUAAGUAACUACAAAUUACGCAACGAAAUUUUGUCCAAGCAGUUCUAUUCCAGGCUUUGGCCUUUUUUUAAGACUGUCCUUUUGCCAUUUAUUGAUGUUGAACUUAAACAUACUCAUUAGACUUUAAAUUUGCUUCAACUAGUUUUAUAACAUCACUAUAGUAGUUUAUUGAUUAUAAUAAUUUAGGCUAUACAUGCUCUCUCUUUUCCUCGAUAUUAAUAUUUUUAUAUGUGUACUUUAUGUAUCUUAAAUUUUAUUGUAACUAAACAAUAGACACACAGUUUUACCAAAUAAUGUAUCUAAAAGCGUCAUUUAGCUUUACGAAAUCAUCAGACAGUUAUUACAUUACAUAACGUUUUCUUAAUACUCCUUCGAUAUUUUCUAGUCUUAAAUAUUACAAGCCCUAUGUUCGUAAUUGUUUCUACAAUCGAAUAAGCUUUCAUUUUGUAGUCGCUAGAUAAAUAGUUUAAAGAUAAACUCAUUAGUAAUAAUUGGCAUCAUCACAGUUUACAAACUCAAAAUCCCUAAUUAAAAUAAACAAUUACUUUAAUGAGUUUUUUUGAUAACACUCACAAGGUAGUGCGCAACUUAUAUGGAAUAAAAUGAGAUCAUAUCCCAAACUUGUUCUUGUUUUUAAAGAAUAAAGAUAUACAUUACGUUUCACGUGUUGCGAAAUAAUUAACGAUGUUGCCAUUAUACGAUUAAGCAAAAUCGAAUUGGUGUCGCGUAGUACCGUUAAGGUCCCUUGCUUGAAUUGAAACGCGCGUAACGGUUUUCAAUACCAGUGUAGAAAAUGCCUACAUUUACCAUUACUUGUUUUAUUUAUAUACGAUUAUUUAUAUUAUUAUUUAAUUAAACAUGUCAAACAUUUGCUUCAAUAAUAACCUCAAUAUUUUAAAUUCAAUCUGUUCGAUUAGUAUGCUUAAACUGGUUUUGGAAAAAUGGGCCUUCAUAAGCUCUCACAAAAUAUAGGUAGGUAUGUUUAGUAGAAACCGCUACCAGCGCUCAAUUUAAACAAGGCAUUUCAGUAACUUUUGGGCUACACGUACUAUAAACCAUUUUUCGGAGAUGUAAAAGAUUGUUUUUCUACAUCAGAUGAAUCUUUAAAUGUUCAGGACACCUUGAACACACAAAACACACUUAAAUGCACAAUAUUCAAAAGAUGAAUGAUGUUAAUCAAAUUUAUUGCACAAAAUUAUGAAAGAAUGUUGAGUACAAUUAAGCUACUACAAGAAACUGAAUUGUAUUGUUUUGUAUUUUUCUAGUAAUUAUUAAUAUGUUAAUAUAACAGUACCACUCAUACAAGUGAAUUUCUUUUACUAGGAUAAAAGGUGUAAUGAGCUUUAAAGGGAUGUUCUUUAUCAAGAUAGUUUUAAAUUUCACUAUUAAAAUACUACAUUCCGUCAAAAAGCUUCCUUGUACAUUGCAGGUAGGUAAAAUCACAAAAGCAAAAAUAGCAAUGAACAUAUUUUGUUAUUAUUUCCUUAUCAAUAAACUCUCCAAAGAUAUUAUUUUUAAAGCAUAGUGCAGCUUACACCUGACCUGUUACGUUAGUUUAAAUUAUUUACAGUACUUUAAGCUUAAUUAACAUUUAUUUGGAGAGUAUAACACUGAUCACGCAUAUCAAAAAAUCUGCAAUGCACUGUUUUUUAUACAUCAAGCCACCAAAUACAUGUUAAAUAAUCUUGAAAGUAUUAUUGAAAUGAUGUCCCGAAACAUUUAUAUAUAUAAUUAACUUUUGUCUGACAAUUACACGUUAAUUUAUGUAGUGAUAUGUUUUAUUUAUUUGUAAAUAAACAUUUUAUUUUAAUGGUUUAAACGCAAAUAAGUAAUUUGAUUGUUCAAUGUGGAAUACAAUUUAAUUUAAUGAAUCUUGUAUUAUUUUAAGUUUCUUGUGUCAAUUUCUAUAUUCAAACAAUUGGAACGAAUGUGUUUGAUUUUUUUAUUAUUUUUCCGUGUAAAUAGUGUUUUAAUGUGUUAAUUGUAUGGAAUGCUUGAGAAGCUCUCUUUAUAAUAAAAGUCACAAAAUAA